AUGUUCAAGAGAAGUGGUUCAUCCUCGGUAGGACGCAGUAAGCAGGAUCAGAGUCCUGAAAACCAAAAGGACGUCAUAGUUGAGUUCAGGAAACUAUUAGGUCCAGAAUACGAUCGGUAUGACGACGCUACAUUAUCAAGAUUUGCCACUGCCAGAAGUUUCCAGUUGCAAAAAGCCAAGCAGCAGCUAGACGAUACGGCAGCCUGGCGUGCUAAGGAAAAGAUCGACUCGCGCCCAUUGCCCGUAAUAAAUCCAGGCACUCCAAUACUUUAUCCCAUUCGCGGCUUCGCACCUUAUUUGCCGGAUUCAAAUGUGGAAGCUGUAGAUGAAAUUCCUGCAUAUUUGCCAAAAAUAUACAAAUAUUUUGGAGGAAAUUGUUUACACAAAACUGAUAAAGAGGGUAGAGCUAUAUAUAUCGAACGUGCUGGAUACCACGAUGCGAAACAAAUAGCCAAAAACGUCAAAUUGGAAGAACUUCUUGAUUGGCAUAUUUCUUGUCAAGAAUUCUCUCACCGAGUUGUCAUGCCCGAACUCAGCAGGCGGGCAGGAACAGUGAUCGACAAAGAGACUGUGAUAUUAGAUUGUGAAGGAAUGGGAAUGCAUCAGAUACAUAUGCCAGCACUGUCAAUGUACAGAGCAAUUAGUGACCUGGACCAGAAAUACUACCCGGAGCGAUUAGGCAAACUUUUCAUUGUGAAUACACCUCGGAUGUUUGUAAUGAUAUGGAACCUAGCUAAAAGUUGGUUAGAUCCUGGUUUAUUAAAGAAAAUAAGCAUCUGCGGGAAAGACUUUCAGUCAACAUUACUCGAACACAUAGACGCUGAAAACCUUCCCUCAUUUUUGGGCGGAAAUUGCACUUGCUCACACAUGCCUGGCGGAUGCGUACCGUCGGUUGUCAAAAAAAAUAUACCGCCGAUUUCACGUUCUUCUCUUUCUGUCACACAAACGCCAUCCAGACCUAGCACACCUGUGGCCCCCUCCUCAGAGUUCCCAGUGCGCGUACGAUUGCGCGGUGGCUGUAGAGAAACGCGUGAAGUACUAUUCGUGAAGGAUGACAAAGGAGAUACUCAGGGAAAGCUUGAAAUCAAAUUUAGAAUCAUUGGUGGUGCAAAAGGUGUAAACUUUGAUGUUAGAUUUAUCAAGCUGGAUGAAAAUCCAAAUAAGGAAGAAAAUAUAGUAUUGGUAUCGACAUCCACACCCAAUACGGAAGAAAUACAGUAUUACAAAUUCGAGACCCAAGACUCUGGAGAAUUCGUACUUGGUUGGUCCCUAGAUGAGUCGAAAUCUUCUCAGCCAGUGGACAUUGAAUGCUCCUUACUGAUAAAUGGAGAGAUAUAUGGGGAUUAG